AAUUAUGCCAUUGAAACACAAACAGAAAGACCAUGGCUGCUUAUAAUUAUAGCCGUAUUUGACUUUUACCCAUCACUUGUAGCUCUAGAUACACACAAACAAAUCUUACAUGGAAGAAAGUUAGCGAUUUUGUCUCCCACAUUUUUUUGGUGACAUAUUAAAUCCAUGAAUCUCAAUAUAAUCUAACGAUUGGCUUAACUCGUGAAACUCUCUCCACUCUAAACCCUGAAGGGAAAAUCUCAAACUAGAUCCUUUUGAUGAUUCUCAAAUUUGACAGCCAUCCAUGCUUAAAUAAUAAAAAAACAAAAAAAACAGAGACCUUCUAAAUAAACAAAUAACUAGAAAAAUUGACCAAACUUGACAUUGCUUGACCUAAGAUAAGAAUCCAACGGCCGAAACGCAUCGAGUUUGGUCUUCAUAUUGGCCCACACAUGAAGAAAUCUGAACCCUCCAAAUGGCCCACAAGAUUAAUGGAGUUAGAAAUCUGUGGGUGCCAAGGAAUCUUCAUCGAACAUCAUGAUUUCUAACGCAUACAAAAAACGCAUACGAAAGACUCAUACCAAAAACGCAUACAGAACGGGUAACAAGUAGUAAAACCCUUUUUCUUUUCUUUUCCUUUUCCUUUUCCUAUCUCACACGAGUAAUUCAUGACGUUGGAAGAAAAAGAAUAAUCAAAUCCAAGGCCUCGUCCUUGCGUAUCUUUGAAAAGGAUAAUACAACAAGUUAGGCCACAAACACGACGUCGUUUCGAGGUUUCCACUCUGGUUGGUUCUCAUGCAGCUUCAUUUCCCUAUAUAAACAUAUAUGCACACAUCUUCCCCCUUCAUCUCAAACACCAACAAGCACUUCCUUCUGUUCCUUCUCUCUCUCUCUCUCUCUCUCUCUCUCUCUCUCUCUCUCCAAAAAAAACAAAAUGGGUGAGAAGUUUCCAACCCCAACACUUUUGAUAGUCAUAUUCUUCAUUUUGAGCCGUCUGAUCUCAACCAUCGGGUACAGUCUUCGUGAUGAUCCUGAGUCCAUUAGAUUAGCUUCUAGCGAUUAUGGCCACAUUCUGAGAGAAAACCCAGCAGCUGUUUUGUACCCAACCUCCAUUGAUGAAAUUUCAAGCUUGAUCAAAUUCUCAAACCUUAUUUCCACCCCUUUCAGCAUAGCUGCUAGAGGCCAUGGCCAUUCCACCAUGGGACAAGCCAUGGCUCCAAAUGGGGUUGUGGUGGACAUGAUGUCCUUGAAAAAUCACCUCCCUUCUCAUGCCUCUGGGAUUAUUGUUAACACUUUUAAUUCAAGUGUUAAUAAUAAUUAUUAUUAUGCUGAUGUGGGAGGUGGUCAGCUUUGGAUUGAUGUGCUGCAUGCCUCAUUAGAACAUGGACUUGCACCGGUCGCGUGGACCGACUACUUGUACUUAACCGUCGGUGGGACCCUCUCCAACGCCGGCAUCAGCGGCUCGGCUUUCCGGUUUGGUCCUCAGAUUAGCAAUGUGUAUGAAAUGGAUGUCGUCACUGGACAAGGUGAUUUUGUGACUUGCUCCCCACAAAACAACUCUGAUCUCUUCUUUGGGGUCCUUGGAGGCUUAGGUCAGUUUGGGAUCAUAACCAGGGCAAGAAUUGCCCUAGAGCCAGCUCCAAAAAGGGUUAAGUGGGUGCGAAUGCUUUACAAUGACUUCUCGGCAUAUGCCAGAGACCAAGAACGUUUAAUUUCAGUCAAUGGAAGGAAACAAAGCAAUGCCCUUGAUUACUUAGAAGGUUCACUUCUAAUCAACCAGGGUUCCCCUAAUAAUUGGAGAUCCUCCUUUUUCCCACAAUCCACUUACUCGAGAAUUAUUUCUCUUGUAACCAAACAUGGCAUAAUCUAUUCCCUGGAAGUUGCCAAAUAUUAUGACCAACACACUGAAACGGCAGUGGAUAAGGAACUUGAACUUCUACUCAAAGGGUUGAGUUUUCUUCCUGGAUUUGUGUUCGAGAAGGAUGUCGCCUAUGUGGAGUUUCUGAAUAGAGUUAAAUCUGGAGAGGAAAAGCUUCAGUCACAAGGACAGUGGGAUGUUCCUCAUCCAUGGCUGAAUCUCUUUGUUCCGAAAAGUCGCAUCUCGGAUUUUGAUGCAGGCGUGCUUAAGGGCAUUGUUCUUAAGCGAAACAUUACCACCGCACCAGUCCUCCUUUACCCAAUGAACCGGACCAAAUGGGAUGAUCGGAUGUCAGCAGUUGUGCCCGAAGAAGAAGUUUUCUACACCGUGGGAUUUUUGCAUUCAAGUGGGUUUGAUGAGUGGGAGGCACUUGAGGAGCAAAACAAAGAGAUACUAAAAUUUUGUGCUAGUGUUGGUAUAGAGAUUAAGCAGUAUCUUCCCUACUACAAAACACAACAAGGUUGGAUGAACCACUUUGGCUCGAAAUGGAAAACCUUCCAGAAGAGGAAAGCUUUGUUCGACCCCAAGAAAAUACUUUCACCAGGACAAAGAAUUUUCAACAAAUAACAUAUAAUAAUUCGGACUGAGGCAUUAAUAAAUUAAUUUUAUUUAGUACGUUUAGAAAGCUAGUAUUAGUUUAAAUUAAUUAGAGUUUAUAUAUAAGUUUACAAAUAAUUAUGUGGAAGAAGAAUUGUAAGGUACCUUUGGGCGUGAAGAUUAGCAUUGUAAAAUAUUAUUUGGGCUUUUAAAUUAGUAUAUUUCAGAUAUUUUGUUUUUUUCUCCUUUUGUUUUAUUAUAUUGUCAUCAAAUCAAGGACAUGAAGUUGGU